GCCGCCGCCCGCUGCCGCCCGCGAGCUUGGGGAUGGAGUACCGGAGCGGCACGGGCUCGGGAGCAAAGGGCCUGUGGCGACAGGACUCCCAGGAGCCAUGUUGUCAGAAGUCCUGCUAGUAUCUGCUCCAGGGAAAGUCAUCCUUCAUGGAGAGCAUGCCGUGGUCCAUGGCAAGGUGGCACUGGCUGUGGCCUUGAACUUGAGAACAUUCCUCCGGCUUCAGCCCCACAGCAAUGGGAAAGUGGGCCUCAACUUACCCAACAUUGGCAUCAAGCGGGCCUGGGUUGUGGCCAAGCUUCAGAUGCUGGACACCAGCUUUCUGAAGCAAGGUGACGUCACAGCACUCACCCCGGAGCAAGUGGAGAAGCUGAAGGAGGUGGCGGGCUUCCCGGAGGACUGUGCCGACCACGAGCACCUGGCUGUGCUGUCCUUCCUUUACUUGUACCUGUCCAUCUGCCAGAGUCAGAGAGCCCUGCCCAGCCUGGAUGUCACCGUGUGGUCGGAGCUGCCCACCGGGGCCGGCCUCGGCUCCAGUGCCGCCUACUCCGUGUGUUUGGCGGCUGCCCUCCUGACUGCGUGCGAGGAGAUCCCAAACCCGCUGAAGGAUGGCGAGGCCGCCAGCAGGUGGACUGAGGAGAGCUUGGAGCUAAUUAACAAGUGGGCCUUCCAGGGGGAGAGGGUGAUUCAUGGGAACCCCUCCGGAGUGGACAACGCUGUCAGCACCUGGGGAGGAGGGCUCCGAUACCAGAAAGGGAAGAUUUCAUCCUUAAAGAGUGUGGAAACGUCAGCGGCAGGAGUGAAGCCCGUGGCCGGCAGGAGCAGGCCGCCAGCUCUGAAGAUCCUGCUGAUCAACACCAAAGUCCCUCGCAGCACCAAGGCCCUGGUGGCCGGCGUCCGGAGCAGGCUGCUGAAGUUCCCAGAGAUCGUGGCCCCCCUCCUGACCUCCAUAGACGCCAUUUCCCUGGAGUGCGAGCGGGUGCUGGGGGAGAUGGCGGCGGCCCCGGCCCCAGAGCACUACCUCGUGUUGGAGCAGCUGUCACGUGGACAGGGCGGACACAGGACCUCGACCUCAGGCAGGCCAAGCAGGAACAGAGACCUCUCUCCCUCAGGAGCUCAUCGACAUGAACCAGCACCAUCUGAAUGCCCUCGGUGUGGGCCAUGCCUCGCUGGACCGGCUGUGCCAGGUGACCAUGGCCUAUGGACUGCACAGCAAGCUCACUGGCGCGGGCGGCGGGGGCUGUGGCAUCACGCUUCUCAGGCCAGAUCUGGAGCAGCCAGAGGUGGAGGCCAUGAAGCAGGCGCUGACCAGCUGUGGGUUUGACUGCUGGGAAACCAGCAUCGGUGCCCCUGGUGUCUCCAUCCACACGGCCGCCUCCCUGGAUGCCCCUGUCCGGCAAGCCCUGGAUGGCCUCUGAGACGAAACCACCCCGCCACGAAGCCCCUUCCUGGAUUAUUCUGGGCACUGGAGUUGGCCUCUGUGCUGGCCAGUGGGCACCCAGCUCCUGACGCUGACCGGGAGGCCCCCAGCCCCUCUGUGACGCCCCUCCCACUGGCCAUGCCCCCCAGUCCCCGGAG